AUGCCGGUCCCCAGCUCUGUGCUGCCACUGCUGUUCUUGAUAGACGGGUAUGCCCCAGAGGCCCCCGACCUUGGCUUCAAAAGGCCUGGAUUGGGUCGAAAGCAAAUGCAAAUAUAUUUCUCCAUAAUUUAUGUCUUGACAGAUGAUAAUGAAUGUGAAAAUGCUACUCAGCCUUGUGGAGAGCAUGCCAAUUGCACAAACACAGUGGGAAGUUAUUUCUGCAUGUGUGUGCCUGGUUUCAAAUCCAGCAAUGGUCAACAAACUUUUGUACCUAAUGAUGGAACCUCCUGCGUGGAUGUAGAUGAGUGCAGCAAUGAAGGAACUGUUGCCUGUGGAGAUCAUGCGAAAUGUGAAAACGUGGAUGGAGGGUUUAACUGCUCCUGUAAGGAAGGUUAUCAACCAUCCACAGGAAAAUUGCAGUUUAAGCCAAAUGAUGGCACUGCCUGCCAAGAAAAUCCAAAGGCCAAGUGUGAGUUAUACAAAGACUGCAUAAGUGAACAUAUUAAUAGAACUUUAGCCAGAAUUAGUCAUUUAAAAACACCCCUGGAGAUGCUGCAAGAAAUUAAUAGGAAUACUUUGGGACCACUUUUACCUGUAGAUGUGAUUUCGUAUGUUGAAGCACUAUCUUACUCAUCGCUGAAUACCAUGCGUUACUCUGUUUCUGACAAUGAAGUGCUUCGUAAUACAACCAUUAACGUUUUUGUUAACACUGUGAAUAAUUUUUUACAAAAAGACAAAAGUGCAGUCUGGGAAGCUCUUCCCGUAGAUAACCAAAGACGGAGCCUGACUAAGCUGCUGCAUACCGCAGAACAAGCGACACUUCUCAUGUCGCAGAACUUCAAAAAGACAACACAGCUAGAUGCUAAUGCAAGUGAGAUAGCACUCAAGGUUUUUGCUUUUGAUUCACACCACAUGAAACACAUUCACCCUCAUGUAUACACAGGGGGAGAUUACAUAAAGAUCUCUCCAAAGAAGAGAGAGGACUCUCAUUCUAAUGGCACCGUUGCAGUUGUCUUUCUGCGGUAUAGCAAUAUUGGCUCUUUGCUUUCAUCGCCUAAAAACCGCUCCUCCAAAGAUACUUCAGAGCAGAGACAGACAGUAAGCUCAUCAGUUAUAGCUGUUGCAAUUAGCUCAGACCCACCUACACUCUAUGAGCUUGAGAAAAUAACAUUUACCUUAAAGUAUGCCAAGAUCGCGGAUAAAGAUAUUAAAUGUGCAUUUUGGAACUACUCAGCAGACACAAUGAAUGGCAACUGGGCUACAGAAGGCUGCGAGCUGACACAUUCCAACUCCACUCAUAUCUCAUGCAAAUGUAAUCAUCUGACUCAUUUUGCUGUUUUGAUGUCCUCAGGUGGCUCUGUUGGUGUUACAAAUUAUAACAUCCUUACAAGAAUCACUCAGCUAGGAAUAAUUAUUUCGUUGAUUUGCCUCUCCAUGUGCGUUUUUACAUUCUGGUUCUUCAGUGAAAUUCAAAGCACUAGAACAACAAUUCACAAAAACCUCUGCUGCAGCCUUUUCCUGGCGGAACUUAUUUUUCUGAUUGGAAUUAAUAUGAACAAUAAUAAGCUCUUCUGUUCAAUUACUGCUGGAUUACUCCAUUAUUUCCUUCUAGCUGCUUUUGCAUGGAUGUGCAUUGAAGGUAUUCACCUCUACCUUAUAGUUGUGGGAGUCAUCUACAACAAGGGUUUCUUGCACAAGAAUUUCUAUGUCUUUGGCUACGUCAGUCCAGCCGUGGUUGUUGGAAUCUCUGCUGCACUGGGAUACAAAUACUAUGGCACCACAGAAGUAUGUUGGCUCAGCACAAAGAAUAACUUUAUAUGGAGUUUUAUAGGACCAGCAUGUCUCAUAAUUCUUGUUAAUUUGUUGGCUUUCGGAGUGAUUAUUUAUAAAGUAUUUCGACACACUGCAAUGUUAAAGCCAGAAGUUAGUUGUUAUGAAAAUAUAAGGUCCUGUGCCCGAGGUGCUCUGGCUCUCCUGUUCCUCCUUGGGGCUACCUGGAUCUUUGGGGUCCUCCACGUCGUACAGGGAUCCGUGGUGACCGCGUAUCUUUUUACAAUCUUCAACGCGUUCCAGGGAAUGUUCAUCUUCAUAUUUCUUUGCGUGUUGUCUAGGAAGAUUCAGGAAGAAUAUUACAGGUUGUUCAAAAAUGUUCCUUGCUGUUCCUGCUUGAGAUAAAUGGAAGGAAAAUAUGCGUGAGCAUCUCGGCUGAAGAAGGGAGCAACCUAAGUGAUGUUGUUAUGGAUAUUACAGAAAAAUACGGUAUUGUGAAAGUAUUAAAUGACCCAGUG